ACCUCGUAGUGUGCGUGCCAUGGCUGGGUUGACUCGUCAGAUAUUGAAAAACGCCCGAACAAUCGCCGUUCGGAAUAUCUUCACUUCGGCGACGAAUUUCCAAGAAGCGGCCUUGCCAUUGCCUUUAACUUACCUGUCUGAUGAUGAAAAGGCCAUGCAAGAAACAGUUUCUAAGCUGGCCAAGGAACAAAUCCUUCCGCAUGUCAAAGAUAUGGAAAACGAGAAGAAAAUCAAGGACUCCGUCCUUAAACUGCUCUUUGAUAACGGAUUAAUGGGCAUCCAAACGCCCUCAGAGUACAACGGAUCAGAAUGCAACUUCCUAACAGCGGUUCUCAUUGUGGAAGAACUUUCCAAGGUGGAUCCUUCGGUGGCUGCCUUGGUGGACAUCCACAACACCUUAGUGAAUUCUGUAUUUUUCAAAUAUGCGAAUGAAGCCCAGAAGGAAAAAUACCUACCAAAACUUGCCACGGAAAUGGUGGGAAGUUUCGCGCUUACAGAACCGUCCUCAGGGACGGAUGCGUUCGCUUUGAAAACGACAGCGAAAAAAGUCGGAGAUGAGUAUGUGUUGAAUGGCUCGAAAAUGUGGAUCUCCAAUUCGGACUUUUCCGGAGUUUUCCUUGUCAUGGCCAACGCAGACACAUCUAAGGGAUAUAAAGGGAUUUCGUGUUUCAUCGUCGAUAGGGACACACCUGGGUUUACGAUCAAUCGUCCAGAAAACAAGCUGGGCAUUGUGGCCUCCGGCACUUGCAUGCUGACUUUCGAAGACGUUAAAAUCCCCACAAGCCACUUACUCGGGGAAAUCGGACAAGGGUACAAAAUAGCCAUAGACAUUCUCAAUGAGGGAAGGAUCGGAAUAGCCGCUCAGAUGUUGGGGCUAGCGCAGGGUUGCUUCGACGCAACCAUUCCCUACACCCUUGAGAGACAGCAGUUUGGACAGCCGAUUUUCAACUUCCAAGCAAUGCAACAUCAAAUUGCGGAAAUUGCCACUGAAAUCGAGGCAGCCCGGUUACUAACUUACAAUGCUGCUCGAUUAUUAGAACAAAAGGUCCCCUAUAUCAAGGAAGCCUCGAUGGCUAAACUGUAUGCUUCUGAGGUGGCUCAGCGAACCACCAUUAAAUGCAUAGACUGGAUGGGGGGCGUCGGGUUUACCAAGGAUUUCCCCCAAGAAAAGUUUUACAGGGACUGUAAAAUUGGGAGCAUUUACGAAGGAACAAGCAAUAUUCAGUUGAGCACUAUUGCCAAGGCAAUAUACAGGCAAUUCACCCAAUAGCCCCAGAGCUUAAAUUAAGGGAUAAAUUAAAUGGCACAAAUAUUAAGAUUUUUUAAUUUU